AUGGCUGCGACGCGGUUCGGUGCCUCAGGCGCUGACAGGCCAUCUUUCGCAAAGGUAUGCUCCUCCUGCUGUGGUGCUGUGUGGAUAUCCACCGUACUGGAAAUGCCACUAAUAUACCAUCAGAUUGCGGCAGCCGGCCUUGUGUCCUCGAUUGCUCAGAACAAGCGACAUACGAGCAAUGGUGCUCAUCCCAAGUCUGGUAUCACGUCGGCGCCACGGGAAGGCACCGGUAGUGUUCCUUUACCCACGACUGGCGCCGUCAUCUAUGCCCACCAGCCCAACUCAGCACAUUCACUUGCGCAAGCAGAAGAGCACGUCUUGCAAUGUACGGGGAAGCCUGAAGUGCAGGUUGACAACGCCGAAGCUACUUUGCCGCUUGCGCACUCCACCACAGCUCUCGAUAAGCAGUGGGUCGGCGAAGCCUCCGAGCCUCGAUGGUAAAAGUAUCGUGUCCGGGACGACCUUCGCCUUGGACGAGAAGGAAUCCCUACGGCCCGAUGACAGCGCCAGCCUGAAAGCGAUUGAGGAUGAAGACGCCUUCUCGCCUCCUGUUUCCACAAUGUCGCGCCCAGACAAUGCCACCUCUGAAGGCGUCCGUGCAUUUAGCGACCAGCUCCGUGAGAUCUCGGCAAUGGAGCCAUCUGGUCAUUCUUUGUCGACACAAACAUUCACCGCGACAGCCAGUCUUCCAGCCCGCACUUUGUACGAUCCACAGCAGCCUAGCGGAGCUGGUCCGCAGAACGCCGCUAUGUUAACAUCACGGGCUACAGACUUUGCGAUCGACUUUCCACCCGACCCUAAGCUCCUGGAAGCUUUAGAAAGCCACCGUGACCGCGUAGUUGUGGUCAAACUAGAGACCGAUAUACGCGAUUUCAUCAACGAUCCCAAAGAGGGCAUGAUUGAUUUGCCACAGUUCAAUGCAUAUCACAGGAUGCUCGCUCACAAAGCUGCCGAGUAUUACAUGCUUGGUCAUACAGUUGACGAAAACGCCUGUGGUGUCCGUUUGUACAAAACCGUGCAAACAUGCCUUCGGCCUCAGCUAACGGGUCUUGCCACUCCUUCGACGGCUGCCAGCACGCCACCACCGAACGCGCCAGCGAUGACGAUACUGCGUCGUGGUCUCAAAGCGCCAGCAAUUGUGAAUGGGUCCAAUGUGCCUUCCAUGUCGAACUCCGAAGACGGCGAGGAUGGACCAGACGAUGCGAAAGCGAACAGGAAGCAACUGACACUCAAGGAAAGAGAGGCUAGGUAUGAAGCUGCACGUCUACGCAUCAUGGGCGAGUCCAAGCCCUCUGGCUACCCGGAAGAAGCCAAGCCCAAGGACAUUUCCCGAUCUAGUUCUAUAACGGGCAAGAAAACAAGGAACAAAAAGCGCGCUGAUAGCGACGAUGGCUUUGAAGCACGCUCAGCAUAUAGCGCUUAUUUCACGCCGUCGUUCGGUACUGGCACUUUCGCUCCUGGCACGUAUGGCGCUUCUGGCUACAUGGAUGCUGGUAAUGGCAACGUGAUGCCGGGUAGUAUGCAAUCACAAGAACCAAGCAGCGCCUUUCAGCCUUACUUCGCGCAAGUCAGCAUGCCGUGGAGUGGAGUUGGUCCACAUCAGUCACCUCGCGUACCACAGAUAGGGUAUGAUCUUAGUGGCGAAUUCCAGCGUGCGGUGUCAGUGCAAGGCGCUGGGAUGCAACAAACGCCCGGCAUGCAGUCAUCGUUCGCUCCUGGAUAUCAACAAUCUUUCUACGGCGGCCAACAACCGUGGGCGCAGCAGCAUUACCUGACUCCACAGCUAGGUAUGCAUAUUAACAACGGUUUCCACGGCGGUUCGGGAGGUCGGCCUACUUCUGCAUCAAGCCACGCUCAGAACGGUCAGCCGUACCAGUACGGGCAAUUACCGAGCCAAGCCUUUCCGGGUCGGCCUCCAAGCAAGCUCGAACAUCCAUUACCUGGCAGCUAUAAAGGCAAGCAUUUCAACCCGCAGAGCCAAACAUUUGUCCCUGGUCAGCAAAGCACACCCUCCGUCGCAUCGUUCUCGCCUCAGGCAGCGACAGCAGGUGCUGCUCCUUUUGGUGUAUCCCCGCAAGCGCCAUCGGCUCAGCCUCAGCACUCUACAUAUAAUCUGCCCGAUCGUCAGCCAACAGUUCCGGCGCUGUCACCCACACCCAUUCACCCUAUGAUGCAUCCGUUACCGCAGCCCGUUUUCCCAAAGCAGGUGUCACCCAAUCAACCACUACCACCUCGCUCCCUGCAAAGCCGCCACCUCCCCAAGAAUUGAGCGACAGGUUCUCGCAGGCGCCACGUCAAUCUCCAUACAAUGCUUCGUCAGCUGGAGUUGCAGCAGGUCGUGGGAUGCUGAGUUUCGGCUCGAUGCCGCCUAUGGAUAGCGGGAUUGGCGUGAACGGCACGGCUUCGAGUGGCUCGUAGGCCUGAAGACGUGCAAGAAGUGCGCGUGCUUGCAAACAAGCUUCCCCAGGCUUAACGUUGUUCAUAGAAUGGUAAUGCAGCAAUGAUGUUCAUGAUCUCAAUCUGUGUGCGUCUCAGCAUGAUAAGGACAACGUACUGCACCGCGAGACUUCUGAUACUGCCAUAGA